GUUUCCCAGAGGAACAGUUCAUCUCGACAGCCAGGGAGAGAGCCUGGAUGCUUAAGCUGGGGAAUGGCAGUCAACGUGUAUUCUACCUCGAUAACCCAAGAGACUAUGAGCAGACAUGACAUCAUUGCAUGGGUUAAUGACAUAGUAUCUUUAAACUACACAAAAGUGGAACAGCUUUGUUCAGGAGCAGCUUAUUGCCAGUUCAUGGACAUGCUAUUUCCAGGCUGUAUUAGUUUGAAGAAAGUAAAAUUUCAAGCCAAGUUGGAACAUGAAUAUAUCCACAAUUUUAAACUUCUGCAAGCUUCGUUUAAGCGAAUGAAUGUCGAUAAGGUAAUUCCGGUGGAGAAGCUAGUGAAAGGACGUUUCCAGGACAACCUGGAUUUUAUUCAGUGGUUUAAGAAAUUCUACGAUGCCAACUAUGAUGGGAAGGAGUAUGAUCCCGUAGAGGCGCGACAAGGGCAAGAUGCAAUUCCUCCCCCCGACCCUGGCGAACAGAUCUUCAACCUGCCGAAAAAGUCUCACCAUGCAAACUCCCCCACAGCAGGUGCGGCUAAAUCAAGUCCAGCAUCUAAACCCGGAUCCACACCUUCUCGUCCCUCCUCAGCCAAAAGGGCUUCGUCCAGCGGCUCCGCAUCCAGAUCCGAUAAAGAUUUAGAAACACAGGUCAUACAGCUCAACGAACAGGUACACUCGUUAAAACUGGCCCUCGAAGGUGUGGAAAAGGAGAGGGAUUUCUACUUCGGGAAGUUGAGAGAGAUUGAACUGCUCUGCCAAGAACACGGGCAGGAAAACGACGACCUCGUGCAGCGACUAAUGGAAGUCCUGUAUGCGUCAGACGAACACGAGGGUCACACAGAGGAGCCAGAAGCCGAGGAGCCCGUCCACGAACAGCAGCCGCAGCAGCAGGAAGAGUACUGAGCCGUCUCCGCAGCUCUUGACACUUCUGUUUCGUGUGGGAACGUUUUUUUUUUCUGGAGAAUAGGAACAUGUGUGGCCUCAAGCUCAACAGAACCAGGUUGUUUCCGAUCUGCCGUUACCAUCACCACGAGGUCGCACCCGCCAGCCACAGCACUCGGUUCCCAUUCACUUUGCCAAGAUGCAUUAGCAGACGGCGGCCCCGGCCGUCCACCCGCGAGCCUAGGGUCACAUACCUUCAACUCCACCACUGGCUGCUUCAGAUCGGUUGUGCUCUUUCCUUCAUUUC